UGUUUUAAGAUUUGAGCCAGCGCCCAAUAGGAACUGGUUUUUGGCAGUUCAGCGACAAGGCUGAAAUUCUUUAAAUUCGGCAUUGGAUUAUUCAAAAUACUCAUUCCAAACUAAAUUUAUGCUUUUUGCAUUGGUCAAAGUUCUAGUAAUUUGGAAUAAAUGGCAAUCUAUCUUUUACUCAGAUUUCAAUAAAAUCUAUUUUAGUUUUAUAAAUUAUAAAUAAUAUGCAAUUUUGUGCAGGUUUCAUUCUACCUAAUCAAGCGGUUCAAAUUUAAACACGUAUACGAGGCCGAAGCUGCUUCCAGACCUCAGCGGACGACAACAGCAUUUACAACUUUAGCCAGCAUCUCUGUCACUAUUACUGGAGGCAUCAUAGUAGCUGUUCACUAUUAUGUAAAUUACAACGUAACAUUGGAGGAAACAACUGCUACUGAAAUCCAAGAAAGUUUUGAAAAUAAAAAACCAGACAUAGACACUAAAGUCAGGAAGAUUCAUUGGAAAAUCAUUGUUCCAUUCAAUUUUAUCAAAGAUGUUGUUGAAAAGCUUUUAUAAUUUCUAAACACUAAUUGUUUGUCAGCUGCGGUAUACUUAAAGAAUAUUGAUAAUAACUUUCUCAAAGUAACAAAAAAUAAAAAAAUAAUGUUUGAAUGUUUGAAAAUGCUUUUAACAGUCAAUCUACUUUCCAGUUAUCUUCUUGAUAAACAUUCAAAAGUUUACCGUUGUGAAUCAAGCAUUACCUUCUUUGCAUGGAGGGUCAAUUAGAUUUACGCUUGCAGUCCCUUCAAUAGCAUAGUUUAUAUAAUUUUAAUCAUAUGAUUAUUUUUAUGGAAAUUGAUUCAAUCAUUAAAUUGUUAUCAUUUAGCAAGGUUUACCAUUUACCAUUAUUUUAAAUUCAUUUUUGAUUCCAAUUUAAACCUUGAUCGGUAAUGCUGUGAGGCAAGGCCUCUUCAUGGUUCUGUUAUGCUGGUGUUUGGCUAUGUGAUUCCAGGUGUUGCUAUCCUGUUAAACAAGAAACUCCGAGUGUAUGCUAGAAGAUCUCUGCAAAACUACUUUCUCGCCAAUAUAGUUUAUGACUACUACAGGACUUUGAAAAGAAAUAAGAGAAAAGCGCACCCAAGAGCAGGCAACGUAAAUUCACAAGAUGCGAUUGAACUUAAAGGCCGAGGAGUAAAAUCCUCAAAUGCAGUUGCAUCUAAUCAAGGUACAAUUUCACAUGACUUGAUCCAAGCAGAUCCUGAACCUGACUUGAUCCAAGCAGAUCCUGAACCUGACUUGAUCCAAGCAGAUCCUGAACCUGACUUGAUCCAAGCAGAUCCUGAACCUGACUUGAUCCAAGCAGAUCCUGAGCCUGACUUGAUCCAAGCAGAUCCUGAACCUGACUUGAUCCAAGCAGAUCCUAAGCCUGACUUGAUCCAAGCACAUCCUGAACCUGACUUGAUCCAAGCAGAUCCUGAGCCUGACUUGAUCCAAGCACAUCCUGAACCUGACUUGAUCCAAGCAGAUCCUGAACCUGACUUGAUCCAAGCAGACAUCAUUGUACAUCAAGAUCAAGAACUGUCUCUUCCUGGACAAAUUUUGAAUUGAUAAAUACAUUGCAAAUAUCAGUCAUUUGAACUUUGCAAAAAUAGAAUCUGAAUCUGA